AUGUCUGGCGUAAGAACGAGGGCAUCGAGCCGCGCCAGCGCCUUUGCUGACGAGCGAUCCCGGGUUCCUGGAGCCAAUGGAAAUUUGCGAAGGAGCGCGGCGGAUGCAAAGAAUGCAGAGGCGGGCCCAUUUGGCAACAACGAAUCACAUAAGCGAUCGUCGCCAGCAGGCAAUGCGAGGGCCGCGAGCAGGGCCAAGGACGAGAGGCGCUACGAGGAGCGCAAAGUCACGGAGAGGACCUUUGAGGCUCACGUGGAGCGAGUGAUUUCGCGGACAAAUAGCCCUGCGAAGCAGCAGCAGCAGCAACAGCAACCACAAAGACGGUCGACGCUGCAGCAGCAGCAGCCUCCGGAGAAGAGGCCGCCGGAAAUGCGCAGACAAAAAUCGUCUACCGACCUGCGGCAGAGAGAGAUGCGGGCAGAGACGCCCCCAGCUACCUGGAACCCCGAGGCGACGCUUCUGCCGCACACUUCUGCCGCCCUGGCAUCGCGAAUCUCGAUUCCUCCCAUUGCGUUCGCGAUUCCGUUUGCGCCACAACCGAAACCUCUGAACGAGUUAACGCUGGAGGCUCAGGAGGCAGCCAUUGUGGAAGAUCUGUUAUAUGUUUUCAUGGGCUAUGAGGGGCAGUACAUUCGAUAUGCUAGGGGCUACACUCCUCACGAGGAGAGAGAUCGACUGUCUGGGCCGCCAUUUAGGAUCUUGCCAGGCCUUGACCCCAGCUUGCAUGACUUGACCAAGUCGAUGCUGAAGAUGGCCACCUACUACUCAGCAUUGGAAGCCUUUGUCGACGUGCAGAGCCGCGAAGAGUUCGGCGCAGUCAACCAUGCGCUGUGUGCUUCCGUGAGAAAGUGCCUGCAGGACUACCUGGUUAUGAUUGCCCAGCUCGAAACACAGUUUCUGACGAGCGAGUCAUUUACCGUCCAUGUCCUCCACAUACAUACAUUACCUACAUGCCAGAUGCUGUCCCACCUUUACGCCAUGGCACAAGAGCUCCUAAAGAAGAACGCGCUGCUGGAUGAUGAAAGCGAUGAGGAAGAUGACGAUGAAAUAGACGACUACGAGAAAGUCCUUGAGAGGCUUGCUGAGGGCGGAGAUCUCGUUCCUGGAAGUUCCAAAGCCCUGAAAGUCUGCAAGGGCGGCGGGGUUUUGGGUUUGCUGGCCUCAAGGUUGGAGUCUAUGGGUGGUGACCCGGCUGCCCGAUCACUAUUAACGUCACUAUUGCGGGACGCGAGUCGACCAUAUAUGAAGAUGCUGAAUGAAUGGUUGCACCAUGGCAGUAUCCAUGAUCCUCACUCUGAGUUUAUGAUUAGGGAACAGAAGAGCAUAGGACGAGAGAGGCUCGAGCGAGACUACAUCGAUGAGUACUGGGAGAGGAGAUAUACCAUUCGUGACCAGGAUGUGCCUCCGCAACUGGAAGGUGUCAAAGAAAAGGUGCUGCUGGCUGGAAAAUACCUCAACGUCGUUCGCGAAUGUGGCGGAGUGGACGUAAGUAAAAUAGUGACAGAACUACCAACCUCAUUCGACGACAAACGAUUCCUUGAGAACGUCAACAACGCCUAUGCUCAUGCCAACGAGUCUCUCAUGCAGCUGCUCCUUACCACACAUGAGCUCCCGCUACGGCUACGCUCGCUCAAACAUUACUUCUUCCUCGACCCAUCAGACUCAUUUUCAUACUUCCUCGAGCUUGGCUCAUCAGAAUUGAGAAAGCCCGUCAAGUCUGUUAACACAAGCAAGCUGCAGUCUCUGCUGGAUAUAGUUCUGCGCCAGCCUGGGACUGUGGCCUCGCUUGACCCCUUCAAAGAGGAUGUCAAGGUGGAGAUGAACGAGAUCACUCUCAUCAACAAUCUCCAGCGGGUUGUAAACAUCACAGGAAUAGAGUCGGGCCAAGUGAUGCAGCCUGUUACUAACCAGCCACCGAUUGAGCCCGAUAAGAACGCGACGGGCUUCACAUCCCUUCAGCUUGACUACUCUGUUCCCUUCCCCGUCUCUCUGGUCAUCAGCCGCAAGACAGUGUGGCGUUAUCAAGCACUCUUCCGCUUCCUGCUUUCUCUACGCACCCUAGAGUCUCAACUAUCAUCGACCUGGCAGACACAUACGAAGGGCGUGACAUGGGCCCACAAAGGCGUCAAUCAAGAGCUCGAAACCUGGAAGCGACGAGCCUCGACGCUGCGAGCAAGGAUGCUCAUCUAUGUACAGCAAGUCCUGUAUUUCUGCACUGCCGAAGUAAUCGAACCAAACUGGACAAAGUUUAUGUCUCGUCUGAAAGCCAAGGACGACACUUUUGACAGAAAAUCUGGAGUCAACCGGACGGUAGACGAGCUGAUGCAAGACCAUGUGGACUUUUUAGACACAUGCCUCAAAGAGUGUAUGCUCACCAAUAGCAAGCUAUUAAAAGUCAACUCAAAGCUUAUGCAGUCCUGCAGCAUCUUCGCUGCCUAUACGAGCUUCCUCUCCCGUGAAAUUGAAAAGUCUGAUCCUGAUUUGUCUAGCGGUAAUAAGCCCGACACCAUGACCGACGACCAAUGGCGGCGUUUCCAGGCCUCCAGGAGCAGCGCCCCGCGCUCAGGGUCCGCACAGAAUGAUGCUUCGACCCUAGAAACCGUUGAGUCGCGGGUCAACAAUCUUGCCGACAUUAUCCGCAAGUGGGAAAGCAAUUUUGGCCGUCACAUGAAGAUUCUCUCAGACUCGCUUAAUCACUACGCUGCGACGGAGACUGUGGUGCUGCUGAGUCUAUGUGCCAGAUUGAGCUCUGUGAAUCAGGGCACUGAGUGGGCUGCUAUUGGAGCUGAGGAGGAUGAUCAAGCAUAG